GGGCGGGGCGCAUGCGCAGGCGCGCCCGGCGCUGGCCGGCUCCACACUGGCGGAAGGGCUGGCGAGGGGCCGGCGGUGACAUGGAGGCUGCCGGCAGGGAGGAGCUGGACAUGGAGGUGAUGAAGCCUUUAAUUGAAGAACAAAAUUCUGAUGAGGAGCGUGAACAUGAUUUGUCACCAGUUGAGAAGCAUUACCAACUUGAUAAUGAAGAAGGCAUCACGUUUAUACAAACACUUACCCACCUCCUCAAAGGAAACAUUGGAACUGGGCUUCUAGGUCUUCCCCUUGCAAUAAAAAAUGCUGGCAUUGUGAUUGGACCAAUCAGCCUUGUGUUCAUAGGAGUUGUAUCAGUUCAUUGUAUGCACAUCUUGGUACGUUGCAGCCACUGUCUGUGUCAGAGGUUGAAAAAAUACUCGCUAGGAUAUAGUGAUACAGUUAGUUAUGCCAUGGAAGUGGGGCCCCUGACGGCCCUUCAGAAGAGAGCUUCUUGGGGAAGGUAUAUUGUCGACUUUUUUCUAGUGAUAACACAGCUGGGAUUUUGUAGCGUUUAUGUUGUGUUCUUGGCAGAAAAUGUGAAACAAGUCCAUGAAGGAUUUUUGGAAAGCAAGACUUUUUCCAUAAAUGCCAGUGCCACCAGCAGUUCUUCUGAGAAAAGGAGUACCGAUUUACGAAUCUACAUGCUGUGUUUUCUGCCAUUUAUAAUCCUCUUGGUCUUUAUUCGUGACCUUAAGAGCCUGUCCUUACUUUCGUUGCUUGCCAAUCUGUCCAUGGCUGUCAGCCUGGUGAUCAUUUACCAGUAUAUUGUUAGAGAUAUAGCAGAUCCUCGGAAAUUGCCUCCUGUGGUUGGCUGGAAGAAAUAUCCACUCUUUUUUGGGACUGCCAUAUUUGCUUUUGAAGGAAUUGGGGUGGUACUUCCCCUGGAAAACAGAAUGAAAGACAGCACGCGUUUCCCACAAGCACUGAACAUUGGCAUGGGAAUAGUUAUGGCGUUGUAUAUCUCACUAGCCACUCUAGGGUAUCUGCGCUUUGGGGAUGAAAUCAAAGGCAGCAUAACUUUAAACCUGCCACAAGAUAAAUGGUUGUAUCAGUCUGUAAAAAUUCUGUACUCCUUUGGGAUCUUCGUGACCUAUUCCAUUCAGUACUACGUCCCCGCAGAGAUCCUCAUUCCAGCCAUCAGCUCAAAAGUGGAGCAGAAGUGGAAGCUACUUUGUGAACUUGUGGUGAGAGCACUUUUAGUCUGCUCAACAUGUGCCGUAGCAAUUUUGAUCCCUCGCCUAGACCUGGUGAUUUCUUUCGUUGGAGCUGUCAGCAGCAGCACCCUGGCCUUGAUUCUGCCUCCUCUGGUUGAAAUCCUCACAUUCUACAAGGAAAAUAUAAGUCUGUGGAUGGUGCUUAAAGAUAUUUUUAUAGCUAUCAUUGGAAUUGUUGGAUUUUUAACAGGGACGUAUGUGACCGUUGAAGAGAUCAUUUAUCCUGCAUCCACAGUCCUACUUAAUACAACAGAGAGCAUCUCUGCGGAUUUGAAUGCUACACACUUGAUGGUUGGCUUCUGAUAAUAAUCAGAUGCCACAAACCAUUUUGUUCCUGACUGUAGGAUCUGUUUGGUAAAAAGAAAUCCUAGAUGAAUGGCAGACCUAUGUGUGGGACAAGUUCCAAUGGGUUUUAUAUGAUUUUUUGAAAAACAGCAUGCAUCUCUUUCUCACUCUCUUGUUUGUUCCUUCCAUUGUUCCUUCUGCUAUCUGAAUUAACCCCUCUGCUCUCAAUCUUGUCUGCCCAUUUAGUGAAAAACUGAACUGAUGUCAGGACUUUCUAAGAAAUACAUUGGAAGGAAAUGCAAUUUUAGAUUAUUUGCAAGAAAAAAAGAGGAAUUUUUGUAAGGAAGUCAAGAUGCCGACCUCCACAGAAAAAGUGCAAUUCAGUCUAUUCCUCACAUCCAAACACAAGGUCUAGGUACUACUAUGGCAAACGAAGGCACUAAAAGGGUUUGAGUAGGAGUUCAGUGAUGUACAGACCCGCUCUUGGCUAUCUCUGAAGGGGUGAAUUGCACCCCAGUAAACCAGAGAUACUGUGAUUUUAAAAAUUAAAAGCUUUGAUUAUUUUUUUCCAUUCUGGGGGCUUGGACAUUUGCCCUGGAAAAGCUUUUGUGUAAUUGUAGUUGCCUAGUCUGGUUCCUGGGAAGUGUUAGAUCUUGAAUCACAGUGUGUUGUGCAGAAUGACUGUGACUCUUGUUCAGUCUUCACAGUGGCUCUAAGGCGAGUUUUUCAAGCCACAGGAAGGACCAAGCCCUUCUUGGUUAAUACGAGUAGAAUAGAUCACCACUCUUCGUGGGUUAGAGUCCAGUAAGCAUAAAGGCUUUUUUUUUUUUUCCACACUGACCAUACUAACAGUGAAGCUGAAGAGUGGUCAAAACAGGCAAGGUUUAGAGGUAAAGGUUGUAUCUUCUAUUAGACUAAAAGAGAGCCAGCACCUUCAGGAGCUUUCUUCCCAUCUUGCAUGGUCUGUUGCUGUGUGUUCCUGUACCAUGAGCUGCUCCAGGGAAAUGGCAUCAGAGUGGAGCUCUGGGGAGCUGCAGAGACCUGGCUGAUCCAAGCAGCUUAAGGAUUCCUGAUGUUCACUUUUGCAUGAGAAAGGAAAGGAUCAGACACUGAUUUCUAGAAUGGAGCUUAUGCCAUACUUUCACACAUAUAGGCUGCGGGUUGUUUGUAAAAGAACUGUGAUUCCACAGCACUUUGAGUUUAGGGUGGCGCAGAGGGCAUCUGUUUCGAAGCCCUUUUUUCCUAGAGCCCAACAUCUCCUGCAGGUUGUCUGAUGGUAUGGGUUAUCUCAGGACUUUCAACUACUGGUACUUUGUAAAGAGGUACAGCUUAUUUGAGAUGUAGGAUAUACAUGUAAAAUAUGAUUUUUUUUUUAGAAAGUUAUUUAUCCACUUUGGAUUUUGAAUGCAAUGUUACAGGAUAUUGUUAUUUAUCAGAGCAAUGUUACUCUCUUUAAUGAUGCAAAAACAUCUAACAUCACAAAUGAUGAUAUAAGUAGUUUAUUUUUCUACAUUUUGGUAACUCCUGUCCUAACCCAUUUUUUACACCAUUACUCUAUCCUUAAUUGCAACUGUACGAAUGUAUGAAAUGCUGUAUUUUUCUAUCUAUUGCUAGAAUUCUGUAGACUGCCUGUCUAUAUUUCUGUUGGAACAUAUGAAAUUAUUUUUGCAUGCUUAUGUUCUGCCUUAAAGAGGAUCUAACAUGCCCAUUACUGUAUUUUGCUGCUUUUGUCCGUUUUGGAAGAGAAAAAGAGCAUGUUGAUAAAUUGGUAACUAGGCGGAAAUGAAUUUUCUGCAGCAAGCCUGUGCACUCUCUGAAUCCCCAACAGGAAUCUUGCCUUUUCAGUGUUCGUUUUUGACUUUCUGGCUCACACUGCAUAGUUGAAUUUCACUCCAAAUGCCAAGCCAUGUUUUUGGUUUUGUUUCCUAAAAACACUCGAUAUUUUGUAAAAUAACGGAGCCGAAUUUAGCAUACUUGUUCCUGUUAUGAAGAAACUCCUUUUUCUAAGGGAUAUAUCUAAUUAUAACCUUUCCUCAAGAAAUCUGAUAUACCAAAACCCCUCUAUUAUAUUCAUAGAAAUUAAGAUAGGAAUAUAUGCAAUAUUUUAGUUGCCUUCAGAGCAUUCCUUAAAAACCUACCAUUUGCUGUCAGCACUAUAGUGCUAAAAUAAUCUAGUCACACACACACACGCGCGCACACACACACGUUUAUUUAUUCUUUCUCUCCAGAAUAUUUUCCCAGUUGUCUACCAUGUGGUAUUAGAGCCCUUUCAUCUCCACUUUCAUGAAAGCUUUUCUGAUAGAGGGGUUCAAUAUAGCAUGAAGUUUGAACUGCACGUAUUUUUUCAAACAGUAGUUCUAAGCAGUGUUCUCAUUUUCAUUUUAACCUGGACAAAAUUAAAUACUUGGCAGGCACUUUAAAGGAAUGAGUCUCCGCAGUUAUAAUGCCAUAUUACUAACCUUUUAUAUAAAAGUGCUACUGAAGAGCAAACAAAGGUAAUUAUCUGAGAGGCAAAAGGUAAACUCAGCUUUUCAGCUUAAAGCUUUUUUUAGUCUUCUUUAAGCUGUUUGAAAAGGCAUAUUGAAGUUAAGUGUUUCACUGUAUUUGGCAAUACAUCUGUUGUUUACCUAAAAACAUACACUACACAGUGAUAGAAUAUAUUUCUGUUAAGCUUAUUUUACUUGAUAUUAAAUAUUUCUACACGUAAUAUUUUUAGUAGGACCAAGAGCAUAUAAAUGAAAGAUUUUUUUUAGUUAGUUUUGCAUCUUUCUACCCAUAUGUGUUUGGAGAAUAAAGGAUUGUCAAGUCCAUUCAUAUCAUCUGUUCUUCAUUGACUGCAUGCUGGUGAACACCUCUGAGAUGGUGCUUCUGCCAGCAUGCAGAAGGACUUGAAUUCUAGUCAUGGGACCAGUUCAGUGUUUGGCAGUAAUUUUUGGCCAGUGUGAGUGAAUAAGGAUGUGAUACUAUUAAUGAAGAGUUGCUGAGCUGAGUGCCUACAACCUAAAUAGGUGGCCAGGGUACCCAAACGAAUGCAAUAUGUCUUUUUGAAAGUCAGGUGACUUGUUUAGAAGCUUAAUAGGUUCAGGGAAUCUAAUCUUAGCCAUCAAGCUUUGGAUAUCCUGGCCCAAACACCAGCAGAUCUUACUGCCACGUGUGACAGGGGAACAGCCUGUCAAGCCUGGCAGCUUUUCAGACGUGUUGCCACUGCUUCACCAGGUACGGAGUGCUGUUUUUAUGCAGUGGGUCAACGUUGUCAUGUCUAAUGGUGAUGUAUCUUUUAAGUCUUUAAAAUGGUUAUUAAUAUAUUUUCCACAAUGUUGAUUUUCUCCUACAAUGUAGGAUUUCCAUUAUUUUAACACUCAGACAGUGCACUUGUGUGGCCUGCUCUUUCAAACAGAAAGAGUGAGAUAUCAGAGUAUCUUCCUUUGGAUGAGACUAAAAUGUCAUUAGUAAAACUAGUGAAAAACUAGUAAGUCUGAACAGUAAGAGUGUUCCUGUGAAACAUUGCCAAAGAUUUAAAAUGAUAGAAGAUCUGACAGAAACCUCUUCUGAAUAAUAGGAGCGUUCAUUCUGAUUUUAAAGUACUGUAAUAUGAAUUGUAAGCUAAGAUGCAGGGAGUGAAACUCCAGAUUUAAUGGAUAUGGUUUACAUUAAAAUAUAUUUAAGAUGGAAAUGCAGUUUAUCACAAGCUAAAUUAAACUGAAAAAAUGUACGCAAUUGGAUUAUGUUCUUGACAAGGAACAGAAAGCUGUUGUAUUAUAUUUAUGUACUGUAUAUCCACUUAUGUUUUACAAUAUGGUAUUGUUAACAGUUUUAAUGUAAUUUAAUCAUUAGCCGCACUGUAAGUAACUGGAUCAUUUUCUUGUCUGUAACUGUUUGUCCUCAAAUAUUAGGCAAGAAAGAGGGUGGUUUUGUCUAAUGUUCUGUAACUUAAAUUUUCUGUAUCAAUAAAGACUACAGCAAUAUUGUCCUGCUAAUUCACUGUUAUCCUGCCCAUCACCCAUUACAUCGCAAGAAUAAAUAGUUGCCUUAAUGCAA